AUGAGUGGGAGAUAUGAUUGUGUGAGGGCUGGUGAGAAUGUAGCCAGGCCCCAGUGUGAGGUCGCACGCGUCUUUGGGUUAGCCGGCGUGUUGACAGACCCCGUACGUGGCCGGGUGCGUCCCGACGCCCAGUGUGAGGUCGCACGCGUCUUUGGGUUAGCCGGCGUGUUGACAGACCCCUGUGAGGUCGCACGCGUCUUUGGGUUAGCCGGCGUGUUGACAGACCCCGUACGUGGCCGGGAGCCAGGAUUGAUAGGAAAGAGCUACGUGUGGCUUGAUCCCUUAGUAGGGUACGUAGGCACCUGGGAUAGCGCCUAG